CAUAAAACCACUCGAGCACACCAACACAGCAGCAAACAGACCGACCGCACACACACACAUUCUCUACGCUCUGAAGGUGCCUCCAAAGGUGCCUUCGAGAGUCGACACGGCAGACGCAUCAGAGCGAGGGCCAUCACCAGGGAGGGGCUUGCCGCCAGACAGGUGGCUCCAGAUUGCCGACACACCGAGCUCCAACGCCGCCAGCCGCUCCACAACGGCACCCUGAGCCGCCUCGCCCUCGGGAGCAGUCUUGCCGCCGAUCGCCCUCCUGAGCCUCGAAUUUUCCGCUUCCAGCUCCCUGAUGCGGGUCUCCUUCUUGGUGAGCAGCGCCAUGAGGCUCCUCGUGGUCGGAUCAGACGCCAGCGCGCGAAGAGCGCUUUCACCUUCCUCGCUGUGGGGCGGCAGUCCGUCGAUGGGAGGGUCCUGACCAAUGUGCAGCAUUCCUCCGUGCGGCUCGUGCGGCACCUCGUGGCUCACGGGAUCUGGGCGGGGGACGCUCGCGGAUGGCGCUUGCUGCUCCGAGCCAGCCUUGACAGGGCCGUUGCGGGCGGCUGGUGCGUGGUGCUCGUUGCCGCCUGCGAGGAUCUGCGCUGUGUGCGGAUGGGACGGCGUCACGAUGUGGUCAGACGCGCCAAACUGAGGAGAGCUCAUCGUUGACACGGCCGAAUAAAGCAAUAGAAACGAAUGGCCAGGGCGGGGGAAUGUGACAGUUCGGAAGAGAGC